GUGUGUGUGUGUGUGUGUGUGUGUGUGUGGAAGACUAGAAAAGCGGUGUACAAGUCCAUUUACCAUCCAUAGCUCCUACUCCACUAUUGUUAUAUGUGUGUCAUGUUUCAAACAAUGAGGUGCAAGAGAACAGUGUGGAAGAGAAACUGUUCUUGUUUCCUGUUUCUUGAAGGCGUGUUUUAUGACGCUGAUCUAUUUUUGGCCUUCCUGAAAGUAAAACCAGUUAGACCUGAGCGCUGUGCGUUACAGAGAAAAGGACAGCACACUGGUUUAUGGUUAGGAAAACGUAUUCUAGGUAUAGGGGUGGCACAGUAAAGAUAAAUGGAUUAUUGUAAUAGAAAUGCUGGGGUUUGGAGGCAGGGAAGUUUAUAUUUGUACAGCAAAGUCCAACUGGGUUAUGCUUGAGAAUGUGUUCAGGUGCAGAAAAAUUAUCUAAUUUCCUGACAAGAUGUUUGGACUUUGAGCUGUUGGCACAUGAUGUUGUCUGACAGAGGACAGCGAUGAACGAGCACCUGCUGAAAAUACUGAUUGUUGGCGAUGGAAAUGUUGGGAAAUCCUCCUUUGUGCAUCGCUACGUCAACGGACAAUUCAACAAGACAUACAAGAUGACAAUGGGAGUGGAUUAUUCUGUGAAGGUGCUGCUCUGGUCGGAUAAAGAAAAAGUCAGACUGCAAAUAUGGGACAUUGCAGGACAGGAACGUUUCAUAUCCAUGAACAGGAUCUAUUAUAAAGGCGCACUGGGCUGUGUCGUGAUGUUUGACGUCACUAGCUCGGCCAGCUUCCUGAGCUGUUGCCAUUGGAAACGGGACCUGGACAACAAAGCCAUGCUACCCAACGGAGACUCCAUCCCCUGCAUCCUGCUGGCCAACAAGUGUGACCUCGCUCAACGGGUCGUGUUCGCAGACAGCAUCGACAGGUUCAGUAAGGCCAACGGCUUUGUUAAUUGGAUGGAGGUUUCGGUCAAAGAGAACAAGAACAUUGGGGAGGCUAUGAGGAGAUUGGUGCAGCAGAUUUUGUCGAUUCAGUCCAACCUGGACCCGCUCCAACCUGGACCUCAAGACAGCGUUAACCUUCAAGUGGACUCAGAGUGCAACACAGGAGCAGGCUGCUGCUGAAUCGCAGCCACAAGCAAACACAGUCAGGACCUGCUCAUUAUUUUAGAUCCUCAAGUUGUCUGAGGGGCCACUGAGCACAACACUUUACCCUCAAGUGAAGAAUCACAAGGAGGCUGCCAGUGCAGGCAUCCUAUGUUGAUGGAUGUAGAUGUAAGGAGAUGUAGAUUGGUUAAUGCUGCUGAGCAGACACUUGCUGUUCAUGUGUGGGUCUGCGUGGAUCUAAAAUGGCUCAACAACUACUGAAUCAACACACAAAUAAAAAAAAUAU